AUCACAAUCCAAAAAAGGUUCCAGUCCAUCAUCCACUGUAAAUAUGUGUUUCCAGGACAUGACGGUCCUGACUACAUGCAAACUAAAUUUCCUCACUAUCCGAAGUCAAAAUAUAAUCAAGGACGUUCUGGAAACCAAAUAUUCACAACAACUCUAAAAUUAUAAAACUCAAAGUACUGACGAGGACUACCAGGAAUAAAAACAAAGCUAUAGGAAAGAAGACAUACAUCCAUUUAAAGUCAGAAGGCAAAAAUACGAAGUAACAAAGACAAAUCCAACAACAACAAAGUACGAAGCAUAAAAAAGCCAUUUCGAAGAUGCAGAAACAUAGAUGUCGCAAUCGCGGUGAACGAAACCGCCCGAUAGCACACCCGCUAAACGACGGUCUUCGGACGCCCCUCAUCGGACGCUGAUGGCAAAGGCCCCCACCUCCACGCGUGGGUUCCCCGCUGCUGACCUUUCCUUCGCUUCUAUGUUGUGGCGCCUGGGUUAAUCGGCGACCAGUGUGUGUGCAUCGGUUGAUGCGAAGUAGGAGCGUCACGGCCAUGCGAGUGAGUGCGGGGAGGAGGACGGUAGUGCCGCGGAGCAAGAAGAGCCUGAAGCCAGCCCUGCGUUGAACGUCAUCCUCGCGGGACCCGAGUCAAGGCUGCUGCUGCGUCGCAUUGAUUGUUGGGUGGGAGGGAGUGCGGUGCAUUUCCCCGAGCGUUUAAAGGUUAGGUCUGAUCGUCUAGGGGAGGAAGAAAGAAGAGGGGGAGGGAGAGGGGGUAGGAGAGCGAAAGUUCCGAGGUUGGAUAGUAGACUUGGGCGGGUGCGGGCGCGGGGCAGUGAGUAAGGGAGGGAGAUGAGCGUGAGGUGCCGAAGCGGAGGGAGGGAGGGAGUUUGAGUGGCGGUGGUGGCGGUGGUGGAGGGUCGCGAGCUGGAGGAUAGAAUGUUGGCAGUGUUGCAGAGGCAGCAGGAACGACAGUUCAUCGGAGGGGGAGUGGAGUCGGCGUUUAUGAGUGGUGGUGCGGGGGGGUUGUCAUCGCUGGAGGGCGGGGUGUCGUCGCAUGAGUCGAUGGUGGACUACGUGCCGAUGUCUCAGCACAUGCAGACGCAGCAUGCAAUGCGGCGGCUGAACUCGUUCUCGCCGUCGGUGUCGAAGGAGGGCGAGGGCGCGAUGAAUGGCGUGUCUCCGCAGGUGUUCCAGCGGAGCCAGAGCUUCGGGGGCGGGGGAGGAGGCGCGACCGUGCAUUCGCACGCGUUCAACAACCUGUUUUCGAGCCCGCCGAGCUCGCCCGUGUCGAAGGGCGAGUGUCUGGGGCUGUCGUUGCUGGAGGAGGAGUCGCUGAUGGAGGUGGGGGGCGGGAAAGCGAGUUUCUUCGAGGAGGUGGGGAAGGGAGGCGGACGGGCGGAGCUGCGGGGGCUGAGCUUGGCUCCGGGGUCGCCACUGGGCGGGGGCGGCUCGUCGAUGGGGUCGCCGACAUUUUCCGAUGCGCUGUUCAACAAGUUUCUACCGUCGAACAACGAGGACGAGGAGGCGUGGCCGGCGGUGGACAUGUACGGGUGCGAUCAGUUCCGGAUGUUCGAAUUCAAGGUGCGGCGAUGCAUGAGGGGGAGGAGCCACGACUGGACGGAGUGUCCGUUCGCACAUCCCGGGGAGAAGGCUCGGCGUCGCGACCCGCGGCGGUUCCACUACUCGGGCACGGCGUGUCCGGACUUCCGGAAGGGGAGCUGCCGACGGGGGGAUAUGUGCGAGUUCGCGCACGGGGUGUUCGAGUGCUGGCUGCAUCCGGCUCGGUACAGGACGCAGCCUUGCAAGGAUGGGCGGAACUGCCGUCGUCGGGUGUGCUUCUUCGCGCACACGCCGGAGCAGCUGCGGUUGCUGCCGGCGGCCGCACAGGCAGCGACGACGGCCGCUCGGAACGGAGGGUCGUACGACGGGUCGCCCCGAGCGAGUGUGGCGGCGAGCUACGACGGAGCGUUCGCGUACGAGGGGGUGUCUUACGACGGGGCAUCGGUGGGGCUCGUCGGAUCGGCUUUGAGCCACUUCUCGGGGUACUCGAGCUCGGGACACUCGGGGGCGGGGUGCGUGGCGUCGCAGAAUUCAUCACCUCGGUCGACGCUGGUCGGGCACGCCCAGUAUCCGGCGCCGCUGUCUCCUCCGCUGUCGCCUUCGGGGUCGCCUCCGCUGUCACCCGGUUCGCCAGAAGAAUGGGCGGGGAGCGGGGGCGCGUUUGCGAGCCUGUCGAUGUCUGGGAUGUCGGGAGCGCAGUCGGCGAUGUCUCUGCAGGCGAGCCUGCAGCAAGCCGCGCAGGUGCGGUCGCUGGGCGGGCACGCGCAGCCGUGCACGGUUCCGGCACAUCGGCGGCAUUUGGAUCGGUUGAACUCGAUGCCGACGCUGUCGAUACCGAGCGCGGGGGAGCAUCGGGGCGUGCACUCGGGCGGGCAUUUGGGGGUGCAUCCGGGGUCGGCCCCGUCGUCGCCGUCGGGGGUGGCGCAGAAGUCGAUGAUGGAGUUGAUCGCGACGCUGCAGCAGUUGGAGGUGCGGGGGGCGCCCCCGGGAUCGGCAGCGCAGUGGUUGCAGCAGCAGUACACGACGGGGCCGUCGCCGCUGCGGCGUUGCUCGCAGAGCGUGCCCGGGACGCCGACGAAGGUGUCGGCGCGGUGGGAGCAGAAGGAGCGGUGGGAGGUGGACGAGAACGACGAGGGGGAGCCGACAGUGCAGCGGGUGGAGAGCGGGCGGGAUCUGCGGGCGAAGAUAUACGGGCGGCUGGGGAGGAGUUCUUUGAAGGAUGCGGGGCCGGCGAUGGGAGAUUCGCCAGAUCUGGACUGGGUGAACGAUCUGGUGAAGGAGGAGCCGGAGCAGUCGGCGGCGUGGUGAGGGGAGAGGCGGGAGGAUGCGAUGCGAUGCUCCGCGCUUGGGUUAUGGUGGUGUUGCGUGCGGAGUGGUUUCUGCGGUGCGAAGGCGGAGGCGUGGAGGGUGUGGAAUGUGGGGCGCAGGGUUGGUGGAUAGGAGG